AAUACACCCCUCCUAGUUUCUGGCGGAGGGAAAAAAAUUAAAACAAGAAAAGAGACGGAUAGAGAGAUGUGUAGCUCCGAAUUUGUGUGUGCGCAGCGGUGGAGAAAUCGAUGGCGUCUUUGUCUACUCCACCAAAAAGGCGGCGGAGAGCACAACCAAGAACCCCUAAUUCCUCCUCCUCGCCAUCUUCUAUUCUGGCAUCACUAGAACCUUCGCCGACUUUAUUGCCGUCGAAGAAAUCAGAGUUUUUAAAGCUACUGGGAGUUGUAACAAUCGCCUCUUUUGUUGCAUUCUCAUCUAACUAUCUUAUCAACUUUUUUAAUAAUCAUUCGACACCCUUUUGCGAUAUGGAUCUUUCGCUCUCACCCUCAGAUAUCUGCAUCCCUUGUCCACCGAAUGGGGUAUGUCAUCAAGGCAAGUUGGAAUGCACCACUGGCUAUAGAAAACUAGGCACAUUAUGUGUUGAAGAUGGAGAUAUUAAUGAAACUGCUAAGAAACUUUUGGGAUCGGUGGAAGCUCAUGUCUGCGAGGCUUAUGCACAAAAUCUAUGUGAGGGGAUUGGAAAAGUUUGGGUUCAGGAGGAUGAACUGUGGAAUAAUAUAGAGGAAAUGAAACUGAUGGAGCAUUAUGGUUUGGAUACCUCCGUCUAUAUGCUUGCAAAGGGAAGAGCUUUUCAAACUGUUGGACAACUAUUAGAGACAAGGGUGAGCAGCAGUGGGGUUAGAGAACUUAAGUGUCCUGACUCACUAGUGAAACAUUACAAGUCGGCUUCAUGCUAUAUCCGCCAGUGGAUUGCUGCACAUGCGAUAGUUCUAGUGCUCGUCUGCGCAGUGCUUAUUUCAUGCUUAAUAAUACUGCUCAAAGUCCAGCGCAGGCGUCAUUUAUCAUUUAGAGCUGAAGAACUUUACAAAGAGGUGUGCGACAUACUUGAAGACACUGCAUUAAAGUCGAGGAGUGUGAAUGGUGAGGUUGAACCUUGGAUAGUUGUUUCAUGGUUACGAGAUCAUCUUCUCUCUCCUAGAGAAAGAAAGAAUCCAUUGUUAUGGAAAAAGGUUGAAGAGUUGGUCCAAGAAGAUUCUCGUUUAGAUAGGUACCCAAAAUUGGUGAAGGGUGAAUCGAAGGUGGUUUGGGAAUGGCAAGUGGAAGGUUCUGUAAGCUCUUCAGGAAAGGCAAAGAAGUCUGAAGGUGGCAUAUCUAAGCGUAGUGUCGGCUCAAUUCUAGCAUCUAAUCAGACACCAAGAAAACAAGAAGCUGGCCACCCUUUAUAUUCGUGAACAUGUAACAGAAUCUUGUUUCAGUAUGUAUCGAUGUAGGUCUGUGAUUAUAGUUAAGAUGUGCAGUACAUUUUCAUAGUAUAUGUGCAACAUAAACCCGUAAACUGCACAAUACCGACCGAUAAGUAAUACUUCUUGUGUCAUCUUCAUUCUUUAUUGAAACCAUGACGCACUAA